AUGAGUGACGAAUCUGAAGCCGUCUUUACGGUUCCAACUAAUCCGGUCAGGACCGAUGAGCAGGAGAGUGCUCUCAAAGCCGAUGCUGACAAGAAUCCGGUUGCUCCAACCGCCGACGAAAAUUCUAAGGAGGACACUGGAACUGAUCGAGUCGACGAAGAAGCUGCUCCACCAGGAGCCAAGUCUCCAACUGAAGCAUCGGCUAAAGAGGAGGCUGUUAAAGAAGCGACUCCACCAAAGGAGACCGCUGAUGCUCCACCAACCGGUGAUACCGAGAACUCUGCUAUUGAGAAGGAGGAUGCUGCUGAAAAUGAGGAGACCGCUCCAGGCAAGGACACCGAGGCAUCUGAGGAAGACGCUAAGCCGGAAGAGGAGAAGGUCGAGGAGACCAAUGACAAGCAAGGUGUCAAGAGAGCCAGAACUGAUUCUCAGAAGGAUGGGGAGUCUCCAAAGACUGACGACUUCUAUGACACGGACGAGCCGGAGUACAAGAAAAACUGCACCGUCGACGGAAUCGAGGACGAGGCUCCAUUUUAA